AGCAGCGGCGGCAGCGGCGGCGGCGGCAGCAGCCACCCGAUGUCUUCGGCGCCCGAGAAGCAGCAGCCACCGCACGGCGGCGGCGGGGGAGGCGGCGCGGCCAUGGAUCCCGCGUCGUCCGGCCCGUCCAAGGCCAAGAAGACGAACGCCGGCAUCCGGCGCCCCGAGAAGCCGCCCUACUCGUACAUCGCGCUCAUCGUCAUGGCCAUCCAGAGCUCGCCCACCAAGCGCCUGACGCUCAGCGAGAUCUACCAGUUCCUGCAGAGCCGCUUCCCCUUCUUCCGCGGCUCCUACCAGGGCUGGAAGAACUCCGUGCGCCACAACCUCUCGCUCAACGAGUGCUUCAUCAAGCUGCCCAAGGGCCUCGGGCGGCCGGGCAAGGGCCACUACUGGACCAUCGACCCGGCCAGCGAGUUCAUGUUCGAGGAGGGCUCCUUUCGGCGGCGGCCGCGCGGCUUCCGAAGGAAAUGCCAGGCGCUCAAGCCCAUGUACAGCAUGAUGAACGGGCUCGGCUUCAACCACCUCCCGGACACCUACGGCUUCCAGAGCUCCGCUGGCGGCCUCUCGUGCCCGCCCAACAGCCUGGCGCUGGAGGGAGGUCUGGGCAUGAUGAACGGCCACUUGCCGGGCAACGUGGACGGCAUGGCUUUGCCCAGCCACUCGGUGCCCCACCUGCCCGCCAACGGCGGCCACUCUUACAUGGGCAGCUGCGGUGGGUCCGCGGCCGGCGAGUACCCGCACCACGACAGCUCCGUGCCCGCCUCCCCGCUGCUGCCCGCGGCUGCUGGCGGGGUCAUGGAGCCCCACUCGGUGUACUCCGGCUCCGCGGCCGCCUGGCCGCCCUCCGCCUCCGCGGCCCUCAACAGCAGCGCCUCCUACAUCAAGCAGCAGCCCCUGUCCCCCUGCAACCCCGCGGCCAACCCUCUGUCUGGCAGCCUCUCCACGCAUUCCCUGGACCAGCCAUAUCUGCACCAGAACAGUCACAACGCCCCAGCGGAGCUGCAAGGCAUCCCGCGGUAUCAUUCGCAGUCGCCCAGCAUGUGUGACCGAAAGGAGUUCGUCUUCUCUUUCAACACCAUGGCGUCCUCGUCCAUGCACUCGGCCGGCGGCGGCUCCUACUACCACCAGCAGGUCACCUACCAGGACAUCAAGCCCUGCGUGAUGUGAGACCACAGCCCUCGGGGCCCUCGGACACGGGCUGGCCGGGUGCAGGGACCCCGGAACCCGUCGCCAGGAACUGCUCUGUUCUUGAGGUAUAACCAUCGGCAGAAAAAAAGGGUUCGACCCCUCCCAACCGGAUUAUAUUAUUCGGGAAGGAAUCCCCAAGGCAAAGACCCAGCCCUGUGGUCAGCACCUCCCCCCACGCCCUCACCAGUAUUUCUAAAUGGUGGUGGUGGGACCUGAUCUGACUGUGGCUGUUGGUGAAUAAAUAUCUAUUUUUGAUCCUGUUGCAAGCCGGCUGAGAAGGUGCUGUGUUGGGGAAAAACCUUCAACUACAUCAGAAUUCUGCUGAGGUCUCUCCCCCUCUUCCCCUCCAGCGGCCAAAGUUGGGGAAGGUUUUUAGGAGAAAGGCAAACGCGUGAGACCAUCAUUAUCAAAUACUUUUAUUUUUUGGUUGAGUAUUUAUCUUUUAAUUUUUAAUUUUUUUUUUUUUUGGAAAGAAUGUCUUGGAAUGCUCGUCUCCUUUUAGAGCCGUCUCUUGCAGGGAAGCGGGGGCAAGAAACGGCUUCUCCCUCCCCACCUCAGAAGCCCUCCGUCAACCACAGGUGGAUCCUUGUGCAAAUAACUUGCAUUGCUGACGCCACUGCUCGUCUUGGGGGAGAAGCCAGAAGGAGCCCAGAAGCAGCGGCUCCAGGCUCUCGGCCCUCCACGUCCCCCUCCGCCUCCUCUCCUUCCUUCUCUGCGGUCCUUCUGGUUUGGUUUCCAGCUUUACUUGGACGUUUUAGGCGGGGGGUCUUCUCCCGAGCCCCGGCCGUCUCCCGAUCUCUACUGUAAACUUCGUGCUGGGAGACGGGGGCGGGCAGGGCGCCGCGGGGACGGGAAGGCCCGCCGGGCGCGCGGAUUCAGGAUUGCGGUGUCGCAGAAAGGUUAAGGCACUUUUUGAAACGAUAGCAAGGCUCAUCCUGUUAUUUAUUCUACGUUCUCUCCCUAAUAAUCGAAACACCGCAUAGGCUCCUCCGUUUAUCAGUAUUAAUGGUGUAACUUUGUUGGCAAUAUUUGCCGCGUAGAAAUUUUUUUUUUUUUUUAGAUAUCCAUUGUAAAUUUGAAACUAAGUCCGAUCUGUGUAAAAACAAAUUUCCAUAUGUUUUAUAUAAAUAUAUAUAUAUAAAAUGAAGGAUUCCUUCCCUUUUUUAGUAUUUUGGCUGCUGGGGUGCAGCGUUUGUGACACGUAUUUUAAAUUUCCUUCUGCACUGUAUAAAAAUGACAAUUUAAGGAUGUUU